AUGAUUGGCAUCUUUCAUGUUUUCAUGUGGUACUUCCUAUUGGUUUUGUAUAAGGGGCAAAUUAAAGGAGCCUUUGGAAUAUAUGAACCUGUAACUUACAAAACAGGAUGUACUUUGUGGGGAAUUUUUUUUAUCAUUGCAGGAGUCUUCAUAAUAGGAGUAACAAAGUAUCCGACUCGAUCUGGAAUUAUAUGUACUUUAAUCAUAAACAUCUUCUGCAUAAUAACUACAAUUACUGCAGUAACUCUAACAAUAAUAGAGUUGUCUCAUUUCAAUUCUCCGUCAUACAGGAAUUAUGGACAAGCAAAACUUGGGAGGGAAGUAUCACGUAUUUUACUGUUCUUCUACCCUUUGGAAUUUUCUGUUGCACUUACAUACUCAAUAUGCAGCUGUUCCAAUUUGUUUCGAAGACAAAGUGAUCUUACAUCUGUUGCAGAGGAAGCUGAGAACACUUUUUAACAACCCUAGAAAUGUGAGGAUUUUGCUGCUGCUGAUGCCUGAUGUGGGUCCUAAUGAUACCCCUGUAUAACAAAGCAGUUACAAAGCCUACAGACUUUGUGCAAAAUAAAAUACAAACAAGGUGAAUUUUUCUCCUCA